AUGCUUGAAAAAUUGCAGAAUCGAGUGCAGGCUGGUAAAUUAUUGGCGGAUGAAGUAGCAAAAAAAUAUAAUAAUGACAAUAAAGAUGUUAUCAUUUUAGCUUUACCAAGAGGUGGAGUUCCUGUUGCUUAUCAAAUUUCACAACGCAUUAAAGCCCCAUUGGAUGUCUUCUUGGUCAGAAAAAUUGGUGUCGAAGGUCAUGAGGAAUUGGCCAUGGGAGCCAUCACUGAAACAUCCAGUAUCUUCAAUGAAGAUAUUAUCGAUAUGCUUCAUAUUAAUCAAGAAUCAAUUAAUCGUGUUAUGAAACGGGAGAGUGCCGAGCUGCAACGUCGCAAUGAAAAGUAUAGAAAAGGAAAACCAGCCCCCAAUGUUACCGGAAAGACCAUAAUUCUUGUUGAUGUCAUUGCCGUCCCGGUCGCAGCACCAGAUACCCUUAUAAAGAUGAAUAAAGAAAUUGAUGAUACCAUUUGCCUCCUGCUACCAAGAAAUUUAGGUGGCAUCGGUGCAUGGUAUCAAGAUUUUACUCAGACUGAAGAUAAAGAAGUCUUAGAAUUACUGGAAAAAAGUGAUCGCGAUUUUCCUGUUCCCACUAUAUCGGCUGAAGAAACGGCAAAACUUCAAAACGAAACUAUUAUCGAAUAA